GUGAGUAUGCGAAACCAAGGUUCCAAGUUUUUAGAUUUUCAAAAUGAGCAGUUCAGAGGAAGUGUCAUGGAUAUCCUGGUUUUGUGGAUUAAGGGGCAAUGAAUUCUUUUGUGAAGUUGAUGAAGAUUAUAUACAAGACAAAUUUAACCUCACAGGUUUAAAUGAACAAGUACCUCACUAUAGGCAAGCUUUAGAUAUGAUCUUGGAUUUAGAACCAGAUGAUGAGCUUGAAGACAAUCCAAAUCAAAGUGAUCUGAUCGAACAGGCAGCUGAGAUGCUCUAUGGGUUAAUACAUGCCAGAUAUAUUAUGACCAACAGAGGAAUUGCACAAAUGAUUGAAAAAUGGCAACAAGGAGACUUUGGAUAUUGUCCACGCGUUUACUGUGAAAAUCAGCCCAUGUUGCCGAUAGGUCUAUCAGACGUCCCCGGCGAGGCAAUGGUUAAGUUAUAUUGUCCAAAAUGUCAAGACGUUUUUACGCCAAAGUCUUCACGACACCACCACACGGACGGUGCAUAUUUUGGCACGGGUUUCCCACACAUGUUGUUCAUGGUUCAUCCUGAGUACCGACCGAAGCGCCCCGCUAAUCAGUUCGUUCCUAGGCUGUACGGGUUCAAGAUCCACCCCCUGGCUUAUCAGCUUCAGAUGCAGGCUUCAGCCAGAAGUCGCUCGGCCGCUACACGUGCACGAACCACAAGCUCCAAGUCGCCAAUCUAUAAAUGAAGUCGGGGGAGAUCUCAUCGAAGAAUAUGAUAUUGAAGGAGAAUUCAUUGAAAAAAUGAUAAUUGAAUGUUAAAUUGUGAGCAGAAGUCUCACUUUUGCAGGAAGAAUCUUGAAAGUGUUUAGAACAGGAAGUGAAAAAUAUUGACUUUAAAUGAAGGACGGAAUGGCAUUCAUGGUUGUAAACUUGUAUGCUCCGACAUAAUAGCUAUUUUUCGGACUCUCAAAUUCAGGUUAAAGCAAAUAUUUAUUGGGGAGUUGGCGAUAUUCAUGUUUUUUUUAUAUAUUUUAGCUAUCCAGCCUAACAGCCUAACACAUAUGUGGUUGAUAAUGCUGCCUGAGGGUCCAUACUUUUGCCUUAUUUUAUUGCCAGUCUUCAUUGUAAAAUAUUACUCAUCCAGUCUGUAUGCUUACUCAGGCUGAAAUCAAGAAGAUCCUAAAAUUUAUCAACCAAAGUUUGAAACUUCCAACAUAAACCUGUACUGUAAUGAAGUGCACAACUUCUUAUAUCUUAUAGUUUGCACAGGCUGAAUGGCCACCACUACAACCCUUUCAAACUGAGACAUGGGGGACAGUCACUGUGUAGAAAUUUUUCUGUGUGCUGUUUUUGAGUUCUUGAUCUUUAGAUUAGUCAGUUGAAAUGAACUUUAACAUUUGUGAUGAUUUGAUAAUAACCUCCUCAGGAGUCGGGCAGCCAGACUGUUUUUAAAUGGUUUAGCUUGUCCGGGAAAAAGUAGUUUGCAAAUGACUCCGCUUGCUGACUACUGAAUAUUCUUCCUCUGUGUAAGUUCAACAACCCACCUUGUUUUUGUUGUCCCCCCGUAGAGAGUAUUGAGUCCUGCCCCCCCCCCCCCACCUCCAUUUGUGUCCAACUCUGGUAAUAAAGUGUCACUUAGUUUGAUUCUGCAGUCUUAACCCCCCCCCCCCCCAUCCCCGUUUUACCUUUAAAGUAAUUGGAUACCCCUGGACCAAACCUAGCCCUCGAUUCAGUUUAUACAUGUCAUAAUAAAGACUAUGAAGAGACUUAUAUUUGUGCUAACUUCAAUGCAGCUUCAAUGGAAUUUCAAUUCUCCAGGUGUUUCCGUGCUAUGAGCCCUGUGGCCCCUACCAAAAGUUCUAACCCCAGUGGUCAAAUCAUGUCUAAAUCAAGUGUCAAGUCCUGAAUUCAUGGAUGGGUUGGAAUGGACCAAACGGAUGUUGACUUGUGGAUACAUUUCUUUUUUUGAUAGGCACCUAAUGAGUUUGAGAUCAUGCAGAAAGAAGCCCCUAUAUCAGAUGUUGUACCAGAUCCAUUGAAAGGUUGAAAUCGACAAGGUUAGGGUGCCCCGAACUAUUCUGAUGAUUAAAGUGUUAACAGAUAGACUUUGCCUAAUAAUAUUAUAAGGUUUUAAUUUGCGACUAAUUUCUAGAAGGGAAUUUGAUAUUUCCUGUCAAAUAUUUCACAUAACGAAUGCAUUAAAAGUAGACUCCAUGGAGUCAUUUGGGCUAUAUCUUUGUUACUUUCAAAGAUUUUGAAUUUUUAGGGAGUAGGCCUAAAUUUGAUACCUCUAGACUGAUGAGGGUUGAAUACACUUUAAUGCUAAUGUCGAUGAUGAGGUUGUGUGAAAGUGUAAGAAGAAACAGGGAUUUGUCCAAGAAAUGUACAUAAUUUCAAUAAAUGGAGUAAACAGAA